AUGAAGACAUUUUCCCCGGCCCCGCGGAUGCGCUCUAUUGCGGGCGUGGCGGUACUGUUUGCAAUAGAGCGCGCGCUCGCCGCCACUGCGCGCACCUACAGCUUCCCCGUGCCCGCGCCCGUGCUGAUGCUGGCGGGAAUCGGCGCGCUCAUGGCAACCGGGCUUAAAGAGGCGGAGAUGGUGUACGAUUGGUGCUACCCAGCCAUCUCGUUCUUCGACCAAUGGAUGCCCCUCUUCUUUGUCCCCUCCGUUGCAUCAAUCGCUCUCGCCCCCCUACCAACCGGACUCGCCCUGACCAAGUCUAUCGCGCUCCUCCUCUCCUCCUACCUCCUCACUCUCUUCCUCUCCGCCCUCGUAGCCCGCUCUAUAGGCCAGCUACUCGACUCCUGGGGCUCCUUUACUAGCAGCCUGGCGGACGGGAAGGGGAGGGGGGGGAAGCGGAAACGGGGGCCUACGGGGGACGGGAGCAUGAGCGAUGGGGAGAAGGUGGAGCGGAUUGGGGACGCUGCGCGCAUGUGGGGGAAGCAGGCCGCGCAGAAGGGCGCCAAGGCGCUGGCGCAGGCUGCCAUGACCGCGGGGGAGAAGGACGUACAGCAGCUGGCAGUGAGAGCAGCCAAGGCACUGGACAAGGUAGCCGACAGCAUCAAAACGCCUGUCAGACAAAAGCUGCCGCCCCUCCCCCUCUCCUCCGCCAAGUACCUCUACCUCGCGGCUGCCCUCAUGCUCUCUCCUGCGCUCCUCACCCCCGUGCCCACUGCUCCCAUGGUAGCGCCGGGCCUUCUCCUGCUCUCUAUCGCCGUCUUUCAGUCCGCCAAAACCCUGCCUGCCAACGUGCGUGCUCUCCUAGUCCCCACGGUGGCAGCAGGGGGAGUGAUGACGGCGCUGAUGGCCAUGUAUGGUUCAUAUGCUCUUAACAACUGGCAGGCGGGCAUUCGCCUCUACUCCCAGGGCGCAGGUGCAUUUCUCGUGGCUCUGAUCGGGCCUGCAGUGGGGGCGUUGGGCUUUAAGGUAUUCACAGAGAAGUCGCUGCUCAAGAGAUACGCGCUUGACAUUGCUGCCACGUGUGCAAUCAUGGUGCCAAUUCAGUUCAUGGUGACAGCGCUGCUAGGGAGGCUGCUCAUGGCGCCCCCCAUCGUCAUCAACUCGCUCAUCCCCUCACACACCACCCUGGGUCUAGCCAUCGAGAUGGUGCCGCUGCUCUCUGCCAGCACAGGCCUCGUGGUGGCGGGUGUGACUAUAGCAGGCACCACCGGUAUUAGCACGGCCAGAACCCUCCUCGAUCAGUGGAAGGUGCAGGACGCUAUUCACAGGGGUCUGGCAGUCGGCAUUGCCUCGCACUCCCUCGGCACCUCUGCUCUGGUUGCAGAGGAGCCUCGCUCUGCUGCGG